AUGGCGACAAUAUUCAUCCAUUCACUAAUCUCCAACCUCAAUCUUUCCGCUGCAGUUUCUUUCUAUGCCCUUAUCCUCAUCAUCAUCAUCUCCAUCCUUCUCUUGAAAUCAAGUACCUCAAAUAAUGGUCACGUAAAAAGAGAUGCACCAACAAUGGUGGAUGGAGCCUGGCCCAUAAUAGGCCACCUCCACCUCUUACGUGGGCCGAGGCCCCUUCACAGAGUUCUCGGCGACAUGGCGGAUCGAUACGGUCCAAUCUUCACUCUCGAAAUGGGGAGAGCCCAAAGAGCAAUCGUGGUCAGCGACUGGGAGACCGCAAAGGAAUGUUUGACCACAAACGACAAGGCGUUCAUCGUCAACCGCCUCCAAACCACCGCCGGGGAGAUCUUGGGCUACGACGGCGCCAUGUUCGGCUUCAGCCCGUACGGCCACUUUUGGCGACAGAUGCGGAAACUCGUCGCAAUAGAGCUCCUCUCGUCGCACCGGCUCCGGUUGCUAAAACCGGUUCGGGAAUCCGAGAUCCGCCUUGCCACCAGAGAGCUGUACGACCUUUGGAGACAGGCGAGGAAGGGCGGGAAAAACGACGCCGUUUCCGUGGAGAUGAUGGGAUGGUUCGGUGACGUGGCGUUGAACGGGAUAUUGAGGGUGGUGUUCGGGAAGAGGGUGGGAUAUUACACAUCCAGGGAUGAGGAGGGUGCGAAGUUGAAGAAGUUGGUGAGGGAUUACUUCGACUCGGUGGAGAAGUUUGGGGUUGGUGAUGUGUUUCCGUGGCUGAGGCGGUUUGAUAUUGGGGGUCAUGAGGAGUCGUUGAAGAAGAUAGCCAAGGAUCUGGACGACGUUGUGCACGAAUGGUUAAGAGAGCACAAAGAGAGUUGUUGUGAUGGAGGAGGGACGACAGAGAAGCUGGAUGGAGACGAUUUCAUGGGUGUGUUGCUUAGCAUUCUCGACGAAUACGAUGCAGAACGUCAUGAUGCUGAUGUUGUCAAUAAAGCUACUUGCAUGGCUCUUGUAUUGGGAGCUUCCGACUCGUCGACAGUAGUCAUGUCUUGGUCUUUAUCUCUACUCAUGAACCAUCCUGAAGCCCUAAAAAAGGCCCAAAUCGAGUUAGAAGACAUAGUCGGAAUGGAAAGGCAAGUCCAAGAGUCUGACAUUCCCAACUUGCAUUACCUACAAGCCGUAGUGAAAGAGACCUUCCGCCUUUACCCUCCCGUUCCGGUCAACAUGCGGGGUCGAUCCGGAGAGGACUGUGUUGUGGCGGGUCGUCACAUCCCCAAGGGCACGCAACUCGUGCUCAACUAUUUCAAGCUUCAGCGAGAUCCGCGCGUAUGGGAUGAGCCAAAUGAAUUUCGUCCUGAACGUUUUCUGACGACAACUCACAAGAAUGUGGAUGUUAAGGGCCAGGAUUUCGAGCUGCUGCCAUUUGGCGCUGGUCGAAGAAUGUGCCCCGGAGUGUCGUUUGCUCUCCACGUUGUGCAGCUGACACUGGCCACGCUGUUGCAAGGGUUCGAUUUUCGAACUACCACGUUUAGUGGUGGUAAGGUUGAUAUGGGGGAGGCCAUGGGAUCCACCUACCAGAGAGCUAGCCCUCUGGAGGUUCUAUUAUCUCCAAGGCUCCCAUCACAUUUGUAUGGAUGA